GUUGGGGGAACGGCAGAAAGCAGCUAUCCGUUUACACUACUUUGCUCUAGCAGCUAUCUUAAUGGUGACUGCGUGGCCUGGGGGAAACCUGAUCGGCCAGAUCCAGCCGAAACCGGGAGGGAGGGAGUGGGCUUUCCGGAGGGGGGAGGGGGAGGGAGACGAAGAAGGAGGAGUAAGAGAGGGGGAAAGAAAGAGGAAAAGAGUGCGAGGGAGUGAGGGAGGGAGGAAAAUAAACAACAAAAAAUGUCCUCUUCCUCCCCCACCGGGCAGAUUGCAAGUGCGGCGGACAUCAAGCAGGAGAAUGGGAUGGAAAGCGCCUCGGAAGGACAGGAGGCGCACCGAGAAGUGGCGGGGGGCGCGGCGGCUGGGCUGAGCCCCCCGGCUCCAGCUCCUUUCCCCCUGGAGCCGGGGGACGCCGCGGCUGCCUCCAGGGUAAGCCGGGAGGAAGGGGCAGCGGCGGCCGGAGCGGCAGAUCAGGUACAACUCCACUCGGAACUUCUGGGCAGGCACCAGCACGCAGCCACCGCGCAGCCCCCGCUGGCCUUCUCGCCGGACCAUGUCGCCUGCGUGUGCGAGGCGUUGCAGCAGGGGGGCAACCUGGACCGCCUGGCCCGGUUCCUUUGGUCCCUGCCCCAGAGCGACCUGCUACGUGGCAACGAGAGCCUGCUGAAGGCGCGAGCGCUCGUGGCCUUCCACCAGGGCAUCUACCCUGAGUUGUACAGCAUCCUCGAGAGCCACAGCUUCGAGUCGGCCAACCAUCCGCUGCUGCAGCAGCUCUGGUACAAGGCGCGCUACACCGAGGCCGAGCGAGCGCGCGGCCGGCCGCUGGGCGCCGUGGACAAGUACCGGCUGCGCAGGAAAUUCCCCUUGCCCCGCACCAUCUGGGACGGCGAGGAGACGGUGUAUUGUUUCAAGGAGAAGUCGCGCAACGCGCUUAAGGAGCUCUACAAGCAGAAUCGCUACCCCUCGCCCGCCGAGAAGCGGCACCUGGCCAAGAUCACUGGCCUCUCCCUCACCCAGGUCAGCAACUGGUUCAAGAACCGGCGGCAGCGCGACCGAAACCCCUCCGAGACCCAGUCCAAAAGCGAAUCAGAUGGCAACCCCAGCACUGAAGACGAAUCCAGCAAGGGACAUGAGGAUUUGUCUCCUCAUCCACUUUCAGGCGCAUCUGAUGGCGUCACCAACCUCAGCCUUUCUAGCCACAUGGAGCCAGUAUAUAUGCAACAAAUUGGAAAUGCUAAGAUAUCAUUAAGCUCGUCUGGAGUUUUGCUGAAUGGAAGCUUGGUACCCGCAAGUACUUCACCCGUCUUCCUUAAUGGCAAUUCUUUUAUUCAGGGACACAAUGGAGUUAUCCUUAAUGGACUGAAUGUGGGAAAUACACAGACAGUGUCACUGAACCCACCCAAAAUGUCUUCAAACACUGUGGGCAAUGGCAUAGCCAUGACAGACAUCCUGGGAUCUACCUCACAGGAUGUGAAAGAAUUCAAAGUCCUCCAGAGUUCUGCUGUGAACUCAGCAGCCACCACCUCCUACAGCCCUAGUGCCCCUGUGUCAUUCCCAGGGCUGAUACCCUGUACUGAAGUGAAAAGAGAAGGCGUUCAGACAGUGGCCUCCCAGGAUGGCGGCUCUGUAGUGACUUUUACUACACCAGUGCAAAUUAACCAGUAUGGCAUUGUCCAGAUCCCUAAUUCUGGAGCAAAUGGCCAGUUCCUUAAUGGGAGCAUUGGAUUCUCUCCACUGCAGCUGCCUCCUGUCUCAGUAUCAGCUUCACAAGGUCAUCUUUCGGUGACUCCAAGCACUUCGGAUGGAAGCACAUUUACAAGUGAGUCGGCCACAGUCCAGCAUGGUAAACUUUUCCUGAGCCCUCUUACCCCCAGUGCAGUGGUAUACACUGUACCUAAUUCAGGCCAGACUGUAGGAGCUGUAAAACAGGAAGGCUUAGAAAGAGGCCUAGUCUUUUCUCAGUUGAUGCCUGUCAAUCACAACGCACAAGUAAAUGCAAACCUGUCUUCGGAAAAUCUCUCUGGGAGUGGCCUCCAUCCUCUGACCUCUUCGUUGGUUAAUGUGUCCGCCGCCCACGGUUUUUCCCUAACCCCCUCUACACUACUAAAUCCCGCUGAGCUAAACCCCGACCUUGCUGAGAGCCAGCCAGUGUCUGCACCUGUGGCAAGCAAAUGUACUGUGACAUCUGUCAGCAACACUAACUACGCAACCCUUCAGAACUGUUCCCUUAUUCCUGGUCCAGACCUAUUGUCCGUCCCGAUGACCCAGGCUGCCCUGGGUGAGAUAGUUCCCACAGCCGAAGAGCAGGUGAGCCACGCCUCGCCAGCAGUCCACCAGGAUUUUGUAAGAGAACAGCGCUUGGUUCUGCAAUCAGUCGCUAACCUGAAAGAGAACUUCUUACAAAAUUCUGAGAACAAAACAACAAACAACUUAAUGAUGUUGGACUCGAAAUCCAAGUACGUCCUGGACGGCAUGGUUGAACCCGGCUGUGAAGACCUGGGAACGGACAAAAAAGAGCUGGCCAAGCUCCAAACUGUCCAGUUGGAUGAAGAUAUGCAAGACUUAUAAGCCUGAUUCACUCCACACAUCCCCCCACCCCUUCUCUGCUAUAACAGGAGCAAAUCAUUUUCUUUGUGAAGCCCCGAAGAUGGGGCGCUUCUACUCAUUUAGAGGAAAACACUGUACUUCUGCGAGCAAGUGCGUUUGGGUUGAGCUGCAUGGCGAGCAUAGUUAAAUAUACAGGAGUGGAACUGCAUUGCUGAAGCCUUUCUGGUCCCAUCGUGCUCGCUUUGAAACAGAUAGGGACAAGGCAACAAAUGAAUGCAUCAAACCAUCAUCUAUCAUUUAGUCAGCAGUUAUAAAUCUUAAGGGCGAGACGGAACGUGAUGGUAUUUCAAAUUUAAAACGUAUACACCUCACUUAGAAAAUUAACCGCUCCAGGCUGUUGGAAGCUAUGCAGUUGGUUUUUGUUUGUUUACUUUUACUCCAUGGGCAUUGAGAUGGUUAAGAAGCAACGGCACUCUAGACUAUCGUAAGGGUAUAUUUUUCAAAUUAUGUAGCGUAUAUGUGUGUGUGUUGGUGUGUGCAUACACACAUUGGUCGUUUUCAGCAUUUUGGGGGAAAGGCUUGGUUUUAAGUCUCUACGUGUUUCCAGAUGUGAUUGCUAAUGGUCAAAUGUGGCAGAGAAAGUCUGAAACGCCACUACAAUCCGGUACGAAUGUAAAUCCAGGUCUGUAAGCAAGAUCUGAGUUAAGUACAGUAAGUUUUUAUUUAUACCGUGUAUGUCUCUCUUCAGGCUCUGUGAACUGAAAGGAAGGCUGUCUUCUUACUGUUUAAUUUAUAUUUAUUGUUUGAGCAGGAAUAGGACAUCUUUGUUUCCAAACGAGGUUUUGCUUUUUUGUUUUUUGUAAUUGUUAUCAAGAGUCUAUUAAGGUCAACGUCAACACUGAAACAGUAACUGUUGACCCCCAGUACUGGAACUUGGCUACUUCUCCUCACAACCGUCUUACUUUGGCAACUUUGAUUCCUUUAAAUCUGUUUUAUAUAGACUCCUAUGUGCCUUUUUACCUUGUGGCCUUUUUAUUACUAGUAAGGUACAGAAGCGUCAACAGGAGUGUUGAUGGUUCUUUUGUGCCGUCAAACAGGGUUCAGUUUACCACACAGAACUCCUUUAUACAGGACAUCUGCUUCACUAAAUAUCAUGUGUAAGGUUUCUCCUGCAAGUGGAUGACAGAUAUUGUUGAUGCUUCUCAUCACAAUGAAAGUAAAAAAUUAUAGAAGACCAUGAAACAGCAAUUCUUCAGGCUAUGAAAACAAUCCUUUUUGUUCUGUUUUGGUUUUAGGUUUUUUUGAGAAAGAGUUUCUCAGUUUAACAGAGAAACUGUUACUGACUGUCCUGGAACUCACUUUCUAGACCAGGCUGGCCUUGAAUUCACAGAGAUCCACCUGCCUCUGCCCCCCAAGUGCUGGGAUUCCACUGCCCAACUUGAAAACAACCAUUUUAAAGUAAACAAAAUAUAUGUAAAUUGUACUAAUCAAAAUCUGUCCAAUUGAAGCUUCAUUCCUACUGUUUUGAAUUUGGUUGGUAUACGGUAACACAUGACUGUUGCCUGUCCUAUUUAAUCAAGUAAACCCUUCAGGUUUCUGUGGAAAAGUCUCUUGUAUGAUAACGUUGUGAGCUGAGUUUAAAAGUUUUAGCGGGACUCUGCAUCCACAAUAUAACAAUGCAAUGGCUUCGUGCCGUUAGUCCAGGCAUCUCUGAUUUCAGAAAGUAAGAAGGCAAUCUUUUCUAAGGUGACGUUUCAGUUGUUAAGCUGAAAAAGACAGUGCCACACCUUGCUUUCCUUAAGAUGUUGGGAGGGACUGCUCGGUUUCUAGCUAACAUACUCAUCGGCUGAGCUUCUCAAAUAAGGCUCACUUUAGCAUUUAUUGCUACUAUAAAGGGAACUUUCAGUCAAGAUAAAGAGCCCUAUGCAGAAUUCUGUGCCCAUCAUUUUGGUAAAGAUUCUAGAUCCCAUUUUUGUGAAAUUACUGAAUGUCCCUCAAAUGCUGAAAUACGAAAUUUGGGCCAGAGGCUGUUUGUUUUGGGAGCUUUUAUUUUUUUUCACAUAGCCGGUUGCUUCAGUGUGGUUUUCCACUCUGACACUACUUACACAGCUCGGCUGCCCCCAUCUCCCUCCCAGUUAUGUACUGAUCAUAUUAAUGUGAUUAGCUUCAUGGUUUUGUAGUAUAGUUUACAUAAAAAUGAUAUUUUUUCACUAGAUAGCUGCAGGUAUCAAGAGGUCAUUAUUUUAAAAUACCUGUCUGGUAAGGGAAGUGGGAAAGUCAAAACGUUAUAUAAGGUGUGUGGGUGUGUGUGUGUGUGUGUGUGUGUGUGUGUGUGUGAUGGAAAACUUCCACACAACUGACAAAAGUAUCUCUUUUAUUCCGAGUUCUUCCUCUUUUUCUCCCUAUGAGAAAGAAAAGAUAGCACAAAACUAAGUACUUACCUAGGAAAUGUAUUCAUAUUCCGACAUGAUGAGCUUCUAGCCCUACAAACACCCCAGGUAGCUAUAUAACCCACCAGGUAGGAAUCAGUGCACAUUAGAAGAACUUAGUGUUCUUUUCUCUUCUUUCAGUAGAAUAAGGGCCAGUUGAUAUGCAGCCCGUGUCUGUGUGGAUGGAAUCCGAUAAACCCUGUGAUCUCCUUGCACAGAAUUGCAAAUGACUCCCCCCUCCCCCAACACCAAGGCCCAGCCUCAGAGCCCUUGGAGUUUAUGUGGCAGAAUAUCUGUCUUACAUAAACCAAUGCUUGAAGAUGCUGCAAAGGACCCUCUAGCGAUUCCUGAGGAGGAAUCAGACUAGAGGUCAAUAACUCCCUUUAAACCCAACCCCUGCUGCUGGCUGUGAGAUUUUCUGGUGCCAGCUUAUCUAUGCACUCUGUAGCCAGAAUUGGCAUUCAGCUCUUAGUUACAUCUAAUAGAGAGGACAGCUUAGCAUUCAAAGAAGAUCCCCCCCCCAAAAAAAAACAAGCAAGUACCUGUGUUGUACUGCAUAAAUAUCUCAUGUAGAUUCAUAGUGAAGACUUAAUACGUGUUCUGGAGCCUUUCUUGUGUUGUGAAAGGCAAGUAGAUGUUGUAGCCAUAGGUUUUUUUCUGUUUCUGUUUUUUUUUUUUAAAUCCAUAGUUGAAUUGCACAAUGCCCUUAACUCUCUGUAUGUACCCUUGUUGUUCUGCAUGUUAAAGCUGGAAUUAUUGGGCAUGUAUGGCAGGCUAUCCUGCUGCAUCCUCAAUAUGUGGACAUUAGUACAUAAACUCGAGUCCUUCAUCCUCUAAAAUGUUUUUGACAGAUCAUCUCAUAAAAAUAAUUCAGGAAAUCUGUAGGGAAAGUAGUUAUGUUUUACAAGAGCCAUUUCAAAGUCUUCCUAAAACUUGGAUGAUAGAACCUAAUGUUUAUUUUGUGUCUAAUCGAGACAUUUCAAUUUCAUUAGAUGUUACCACGUUUUUAUUAAUUCAAAUUAUAUCGCAUGUGACUCUUUUGACUUUCAGGGUUUCUCAAAAAAAAAUGUAUCAUUUUGUUGCAUGUACUGUAUGUUCAGAGGCAAUCAGUUGUAUACUCAAUAUGGUUUUACUGUGCCUUACAUGAAGAGAAACUAUACAGAAUGUAUGACAUGGGGUGGGAAACAGCCUCUACUGCACUGUUAGGCGACAGCACACAGCAUGUCCCAGAACAUUUCUGUGUUUAAUUACCCAACCAAAGAGAUCUAAAGUAUGUAUGUUGUACUGUAAUGGGGGUUAGGCCUGGACAAUUUAAGUGUUUUAUUUGUUUUCUGAAAUGAUGUGAACUUAUUUUUCUAAACACUAUGCUAAAUAAACUUUAUAUUUAUACAUA